CUUGUGGGGAGGCUUAGGACGGGCGGGCGCAAUCCUCGAAGGGGUGUCUCAGCGACCAUGGAGGGCACCAUCCACUAGAUGUCAGGCUGAAGGAGAUGAUGAAACUCUGCAAGCCCAAGAACAUGGGGCAAGAGGAGACACAGGAAGCGACGCUGUCCCCACAGGGACCCCUGCCAGCCAGGCCACCCGCAACGGUGUGGGAGGUGAGCGCCGGUGCCCCCCGGCGGUCCAGCGGCAGGACGCCCCGAGCAGCCUGGUCUAGGAGGCUUACCACAGCCAUCAAGGGAUACUGGACCACCCGCCCUUCCUUCUCCACCAUCUACUUCCUCUUUGCCAUCUUUGUGGUGUCCACCGUCUUCCACUGCCACCAGCGCCUGGCUCUAGUGCCCGCACCCUGGGCAUACUCAGCCCGUGUGGUCCUGGCCCCCAGACACCUCCCCCGGGAGGGCCUGUUCACCAUCAACUCCAAGGGCCGCCUGGGGAACCAGAUGGGCGAGUACGCCACACUGUACGCCCUGGCCAAGCUGAACGGGCGGCCCGCCUUCAUCCCUGCCCAGAUGCACAGCGCCCUGGCCCCCAUCUUCAGAAUCACCCUGCCAGUGCUGCACAGCUCCACGGCCAGCAGGAUCCCCUGGCAGAACUACCACCUGAACGACUGGAUGGAGGAGGAGUACCGCCACAUCCCGGGGCGCUAUGUUCGCCUCACGGGCUACCCCAGCUCCUGGACCUUCUACCACCACCUCCGCCACGAGAUCCUCCAGGAGUUCACCCUGCACGACCACGUGCGCGAGGAGGCCCAGAGGUUUCUGCGGGGCCUGCAGGCCAGGUGGGCGGAACAGGCGACCUUCGUGGGGGUCCAUGUGCGCCGGGGGGACUACGUCCAUGUCAUGCCGCGCGUGUGGAAGGGGGUGCUGGCCGACCGGGGCUACCUGCAGCGGGCCCUGGACUGGUUUCGGGCCCGUUACCACCUCCCGGUCUUUGUGGUCGCCAGCGAUGACAUGGCCUGGUGCCGGGAAACCAUCAACAGCUCCCUCGGGGACGUGGUAUUCGCCGGGAAUGGCCUCCAGGGCUCACCUGCCAGGGACUUUGCACUGCUGACACAGUGCAACCACACCAUCAUCACCGUGGGCACCUUUGGAACCUGGGCUGCCUACCUCACGGGUGGGGACACCAUCUACCUGGCCAACUUCACGCGGCCGCACUCCCCCUUCAACCUGGUCUUUAGGCCACAAGCAGCCUUCCUGCCAGAGUGGGUGGGCAUGGCGGCUGACCUGGGACAGGCUGGACAGAACAGCCUCUAGCUAGCCCUGCAAGUGCCUGGCCCUCAUCCUCUGACUGAGGGGCAGUGAGUAGGGGGUGUGGGGCAGACUCGCGGUCCCACACUACAGCUGAAUGAGUUUGGAUAACUGACUCAACCUCUCUGUGCCUUAGCAUGUCGGUCACAAAAUGCACAAAGCACAGAACUUAUGCCAGUAGCAGUUCGUGGGAGCUCAGCAAAUUCGCUUAGAGCCAGUGCGUCGUGAAUGCGUGGGAGGCGUCAGCUGCUCACGUUUUCAGGGUGCCAGGAACGUUUGCAUUGCUUUCCAAUGGAAACGUAGUUUUGCCCUCUCCUUCCUGCAGCAGUGGUAGGAGAGAGCCCAGGUAUUUUGCACUCACCUCCUGCGAUGAAGCCAUUCCUGGCCUGAAGGGCAGGGGAACUCAAUUUUCUGGGCAACUGGGAAUUUUGGCUUUGGAAUUAGUCGGCCUUAUCAUGAAAGAAUAUGAGGG